UGUUUUGAAUUUCGCGCGGAAAUAUGUCACAUCCGGUGUUACUGUAAACAAUAUCCACUGUAAACAAUUCUUGAUCGUUUGAUAUAGAUUCACGUUUAACUCAUACUGUAUGACAUUUUAACAGAAAUAACCUGAUCAGUACAUUAAGUCAUGAGUAGCCCACUGUCAAGUUUGAAGAAACAGCACAAAAGUCCAUUUACAAAUGCUGGACAAAGACCUAUGCCAUUUAGGAACCCAGUAUAUUCAGAUGAUGAGAGUAAACUACUGGAAGAAAUCACUGGAGGUAUGGCUUCACAACGACUCAAAACACGAGAUCCAUUUACUGGUGGUCUACCUAAACUUCCUGAUUUAUCACCCAGAAUGGCACAAGGUUUUGGUACAGCAAACACUCACAGAACAUCGGAUAUAGAAAGGUCAGGGUCAUAUUUAACUAGCCUUGACUUAGAUGACUCACAGAGUACAGGAGGCCCAAGUGACCAUGAGCUGAUGUCUACCAUGAUGAGUAGAAUUACACAACUAGAAUCCAAGGUCGCUUAUCAAGCUUCUGAACUGAAUGAAAAGAAUAAAAAGAUCAAGGUGCUUACAGAAAAAGUUAAAUUGUUACAGAAAUCACAAGAGUCAGACACCCACACACAAAUAGCUGCAUUAGAGAACAAAUGUUAUGUUUUACAGGAUCAAAUACAAGACAUGGAGACAUUUCUGGCAGACUAUGGUAUGAUAUGGGUAGGUAAUCAAUCAGCAGACAGUUCAGAUGAUGAUAGUGAUGAUGAUGGGGAUCCUCUCUGGAGACAAGCAUCAUCAGUAUCCCAGCAACCAACAUUCCGUGUAGAUUAUAACCGUUUGUUUGAGAAUCUAAAAGAUCUGAAUGCUCUAGCUGGUGACGGUGUCGCCUCAAUAACACAUACAAAAGAUGGUGCUAGAUUAAAGAUGCCGGAUGCCGUACAGCUAACAGUUUAUGCUAAUGGUAUAUUUAUGUUUAAUGGUCCAUUUAGACCAUUUACUGAUACACAUACACAGGCAUUCCUGAAGGAUGUAUUAGAUGGUUACUUUCCUAGUGAACUACAAGGUAGAUAUCCAGAUGGUGUGCCAUUUAAUGUAACAGACAAAAGAGAGAAGCAUUUUGAAGAUAAAAGAGCAGAAAUAUUUACUGGUGCAGGACAAACAUUGGGUGGGGAAACUAAACCUUCUAGACUGGUACCCACAAAAUUACAGGAUAGCAAAGUUUCUUCAACACAAACCUCAGAACCAGACAGAGAUGCAAGGGAGACAACUAGUGAAAAACCAGGACCACAGUUGACUGUCGAACAAUUUCUACAAAAAUUACCAAGAUCUGUGAUUAAGUCAGGGAAAGUGAUUGAUAUAAGAAGUUCUGUGGGAGGAACAAUUCAGGGCGGAGUCAAUAGUCAAACAGAUUUAACAGUGGUUGAAACAGAUACUGUGCUAGAGAUGAAAAAGAGAUUGGAAGGUGAUGAUGCAGGGCGACCAUUUACACCUCGAGAUAUAACUACACUACGAGUGAAGUCUGAGGAUGGUAACCACACAUAUAUCCUGAAAAUGAAGUUUAAUGACACUGUUGGAGAUCUUAGAAAUUAUUUAAAAACACAAAGGUCAGUUAUCUUAUAAUGUAAAGGUAGUUUC